AUGAACUUCAUAGAGGGGUUCACUUUUGAGCGAUCAAGUGGCGUGGCGUUCUACGGCGCGGGCUUCCUGACGAACGCGGCGUUCCUGCAGCUGGCCACCAGGUGGCCGCAGGUGUCGCGGCGCUGGCGGGAGGCGGACGCCGCCCUCGCUGACUACGGCCGCCCCCGGGGGCUGCACGCGCGCCUGCGUCUCACCGCCGCCUCCCUCAUGUGCUUCGCGCUCGUGGAGCACGUGCUGGCCAACAUCACGAACCUGGUGACGUCCGUGACGUGUUCGUCGGGCGGGUUCGACUGGCUGCGCCGGUACUGCCAGCGCGCCUACCCGCAGGUGUUCUCGCUGGUCGCCUACGACCACGGCCGCUGCCUCGUCUUCUGGGCGACCAACGUGAUCGACACGUUCGCGUGGAACUUCAUGGACCUGUUCGUCAUGCUGCUUAGCAUGGUGCUGGCCGCACGCUUCCACCAGCUCAACUCGCGCCUGCACGCCCUGCGUGGCAAGAUGCUGACGCAGAAUGAAUGGCGUCGCCUUCGCGAAGACUACGACACACUCUGCCAGUUGACGAGAGACGUGGACAGCUCCGUCUGCAACAUCGUGCUGCUCUCCUGCGCCAACAACCUGUACUUUAUCUGCCUCCAGCUCUUCAACAGUCUCAAGCCGAUGCGGCACUGGGGCGCUGUCUACUUCUACGUGUCGUUCGCCGUGCUGUUCGGCCGCACCAUCGCCGUGCUCUUCCUGGCGGCCAGGGUCAACGACCAGAGCAAAGGCCCGCUGCCCGUGCUCUUCCAGGUGCCAUCGGACAGCUACUGCGUCGAGGUCGAACGCCUGAUGGACCAAGUUAUCUGGGAUGAAGUGGCUUUCACCGGCUUAAAAUUUUUCUCCAUCACCAGGAAACUGAUAUUAACAGUAGCCGGCACCAUAGCGACGUACGAAGUGGUGCUGUUGCAGCUGAACGACGUGAACGCCUUCAGCAGGACGGAACAGCAGUCCCUCAAUUCGACAGAACCCACUGUCCAUGCAAGUGCUGGCCUCGGGGGAAUGCCAGCUUCUGGUCCACCAACAUUCACUGUCAUAUUAAAAGACAUACUCACAUGGUACACACCUGAACCAGUGCUGGCUGCAGUGCAGGCAGUGUUUAUGCACAACAAUGGCAGCCCCAGUGCAGCCACAGAACAAGAGCAGAGCACUGCCCCCGUGUUUAUGGCAGGGGCUCCUCCCACCAAAGAUGGCCUGGAGGCAAUGGACACAGAAAGUGCAUCCCCACCCCCACCUACAACUCCAGGUGAUGGGUCCUGGUGGCCUGACAAUGAUCCAGGUGGUUACUGA